AUGCGAUCAAAUGUAACAGGCAGAAAAGCGAGUCAAGUUGGCUUUUUGUUUUUGGGAUUUCACUUGAUUAACAGAUUGACCAACAUCGAUGGGGUGGACGGACUGUGCUCUCCGCGUCAGGUUGAUCACUUUCUCUUUCUUGGCUGGCCCGACUACGAUGUUCCAAGCUCCGCGGUCGGUUUUCUCACCUUCCUUGAUGUUGUUAAUCAGCAUGUUGCCCGUCUUCACUCUACCAACCGUGACUCCAUUCCUCCACUCAUUGUACACUGCAGCGCUGGCAUAGGACGCACAGGUACAUUUACCUCCAUCGACAUCGCACUAGAGCAAGCCAAAGAGGAACGCGUUGUCGAUAUUCGAGGUAUUGUGGCUAGAAUGCGCUGCCAACGAGCCUGCACCGUGCAGACCGCCAAGCAGUAUGCCUUCAUCCAUCAAGCGGUUUACACGCGCCUCGCAUCCGACAGCUAG